UGCUAUAAAUAUGGCUUCGACUUCGUCCCAAUACCAUAAGUUAGACUUGGUUUCUCGUCUAUUUUGUACAGUUUCUUUGAUACCCAUUUCCUUUUGUACAAUGAAGUGGUCUCCUCAAGAUGCAAUGAAAGCUUACCUGCAUACUCUUCAACUGUCUAAGAUCCAGUACGGUCAAGAUUGCACUCUUGGCACAACAAAACUCAUUCAACCUCAAUGCAUGGAGUUCUUAUCAGCUUUGGCAGCAGGAAAUCAAGCUAAAGUAAUGGUACAAGUUCUCUCAAAUGAAGGAGUGAAUCCAUUAACAAUUGCACUAGCUGUGGCUGCAAAGCAUUGCAGAGGUCGGUUCAUUUGUUUUCUUGAUCAACAACAAGAUAUAGAAGACUGUACAGCUCAGCUUUCUUGCUAUGAUCUCGAAGAUGUGGUUGAGUUUAUGCAUGGAAAUCCUUGUGAGGUGAUCAUACAGUUAAAGAACAUUGAUUUUGCUGUUAUUGACUGUAAAUUUAAAGAUCACUUGAGAUUAUUGAUGUGAAUCCAAGAGGGUCUAUAGCAGUGGUGACCAAUCUUGUGAGGAAAGGAAAUGGAGCUGGUUUUGGUGAAGUUGUUAGAGAGAAGAGAGGAGUUGAAUGUGUGACUCUAUCAAUAGGAGAAGGAAUGGAACUGACAAGGAUUGGAGUGACUUGUAACCAUGAGAAUAAGAGAUUUUAUGUAACUUCUGAAAAUUGAAAUUAACUUUUAUA